CAGAGAAUCUGCACGGUAUGUUGUGGUACUAAGAGCGAGCGACGAAAGCAACAUCCGUCGGCAAAAAUCUUACCUGUCUCGCGCACAUUCGUCGAAAGGAUUCGGUGCGUCGCUCCCGGCGGUUUCGUUUUGUCCCUCGAAACCACCGCGGAUCAAUCGCGCAUGGCUUCGUCUGGCGCGUUUCCGCCGUCGUCGUCCUCCACCUGGUUCUCGGAGGCCUUGAUGUACAAGACGUUGUUGCACCGCACCAACACUUCCCCGAGGGCACCCGCCAGCUCCCCAUCGAUGUAUUCUUCGGUGUUGAGCAGCUGUAGAUUCAUGUAUGCGUCGCUGCUCGCAAGUUUCCCUUCGUACUCCAUUCCCCACUUCAGUCGGACCCUGACUAUUUUCCCGGUCAAGUCCGCAAGAAACGGCUUUGGAUUGACGAUAAAUUGUGCCUAGAAUUCCGAGUCAAUGAUGGAUGUGGAGACAAUAGAGCAAUUUCAGAAAC